CGGCAGCAGCUUGUCACCAUGCUACCAUUAAACACUGAAUGUGCCAUCUUUAAGUAACUUAGCUGGCCUUGAACUUUGUGACAGUUUUCACGUCGAGAUAUGACACGAAAAAAAGGCACGAGCAGGAAGAUGCGGGCUGUCAAGUGAGCGUUUAUCUCUGUUUUGCCACCUCUCAAAACUAUCCCUCCAGUCAUGGCGGUUAUUUUCCAAAGAACAUCAAAACUAAGGACAGUUCUCAGACAUCUGAGCACCCAUAGCACCCUGUCAUCUACAGCACCAACCAGACUUUUGUCUGUAGACCUCCACAGUCCAUUUCUGAGCUGCAGCUCUGGGCAUUUUGUAGCUUCCACUCGUAAGCUACAUGCUAAAGCAGAUGGACCCAAGCCGUCUCCCGCUGCAGCCCCAGAGAGGCUACCUUUCUCCAGAGUAACUCAGGAAGAUUUGGCCUUCUUCAGGAAGAUCCUACCAGGCGGAACCCUCACUGACCCAGAUUUGUUGGAGUCGAGCAAUGUGGACUGGCUCAAAACAGUGAGAGGUUCCAGUGAAGUGUUGUUGAGACCUCGGACAACAGAGGAAGUUUCUCAAAUUCUCAGUUAUUGUAACAGUCGUAACCUGGCAGUAAACCCUCAAGGAGGCAACACCGGGCUGGUUGGGGGCAGCGUCCCGGUCUAUGAUGAGAUCAUCCUCUCUACUGCUCUUAUGAACAACAUCCUAACCUUUGAUAGCAUCUCUGGCAUUCUGACCUGCCAGGCAGGUUGUGUCCUGGAGAACUUGUCUCUCUACCUGGACGAGAGAGACUACAUCAUGCCACUGGAUCUUGGGGCAAAAGGCAGUUGCCAAAUUGGGGGCAAUGUGGCAACAAAUGCAGGUGGGCUGCGGCUUCUGCGAUACGGCUCUCUACAUGGGACUGUGCUGGGUCUAGAAGUGGUGUUGGCAGAUGGGCAGGUGCUGGACUGCUUGGCCAAGCUGCGGAAAGAUAACACCGGAUAUGACCUCAAACAGCUCUUUAUAGGGUCAGAGGGUACACUGGGGGUCAUCACAGCAGUGUCCAUCCUUUGUCCACGGAAACCCAAAUCUGUGAACGUGGUUUUCCUGGGCUGUGAGACCUUCGAGCAGCUGCUGCAGACAUUUCAGCUCUGCAGAGGCAUGCUGGGAGAAAUCCUGUCAGCCUUCGAGUUCCUGGACAGUGAAUGCAUGAGGCUGCUGAACACACACCUCAAACUACCCAAUCCCAUCUCUGACUGUCCAUUCUAUGUCGUCAUAGAAACGUCUGGAUCCAACCCGACACAUGACGGAGAGAAACUCCACAACUUUCUAGAGGAGGCGAUGACGUCUUCACUGGUCACUGAUGGAACUGUGGCAACGGAGGAAUCAAAAAUAAAGGCUCUGUGGUCGAUGCGUGAACGAGUCACGGAGGCGCUGACUCACGAUGGCUUCACCUAUAAGUAUGACAUCUCACUUCCGGUGGAGCGGAUCUACCAGCUGGUGACAGACAUGAGGGAGCACCUGGGGGGCCAGGCCAAGAGUGUAGUGGGAUACGGACACGUAGGUGAUGGCAACCUUCACUUAAACAUCACCUCUCCUGCCAAAGACCCUUCUCUCCUCGCUGCCAUCGAGCCGUUUGUCUACGAGUGGACAGCCAGCUGUCAGGGGAGCAUCAGUGCUGAGCAUGGACUAGGCCUGAAGAAAAGGAACUACAUCUACUACAGUAAACCCAGCCAGGCUGUGGCUCUGAUGGGGAACAUCAAGACCAUGCUGGACCCUAAAGGCAUUCUCAACCCAUACAAGACUUUACCAGACAACAUGAAAUGACCCAAACUGUCUCACUGCUGCGGGGUAGGUGCUAUUGUAUGUAGAGAACUUUCAGAAGCUUUGUCUACAGCCUGAUUGUCACAUGGUUUUUAUGGCAUUGCAUGCUCUUUGCCAUAAUACCUUUUUCACACAUUUAGUGCAGAGCUGCAGGUUUUGCACAAGAAACCGCAUUUGCCAGGCAACCCACAAACAUACUCCCAAAACUUUGAGUAGUAGUUUCAUUUUCAUGUGAACAAAGCAUUACUUUCAGAGGAACGUUCAUGUCAACAAGCUGCUGUCUUUAUGGCAGUCUCUGGACUCAAAAUGUUCAGAGUGAAGUUACUGCUAAACAUUAUCAACUACCUCUGCUACUCAGUGGCCUCAGUCUGAUCCAGUCCUUACUCCACAGAAAAUCUAAUAAGUUUUAGAUCUUAAACAAAGGACACUUUGUGACAUAGAUGAAAAGCAUAGAACAUAUUUUUCAGUAUUGCUGAGAAUGAUUCUGAUGGGUUGACUGUCGAUGUUGGAAAGGUUGCUAGAAGCCACUAGAGGGCAGACAGAGAAUGUACUUUUAAGUCUUGAACAUUUUAAAUUGUGUAAUUACUUAAGGCUACAAUCUGUAACUGGUGGUCAGCUCUGUUUAUGUCAGAGUCCACAUGUUCGGCAUUUAAAUUGAAGCCCACAUAGUAGAGUCCAGCAUCUGAGUGUAUUUACUACAUGAGGACUCCUGACACCUGUGUGGAGAAAUGUGCUGCUCACCAGCUGCAGGUCAAAGGUUUAAAAGAUAGGUUCACCAUUUUUCAAAUAUGUCUUUAAACAAUAAUCAGGUGGGAAACAGGUUUUGCUCAUGUUAAUCAUUUAAAAAUCAAUCAAUCAAUCAAUCCACCCUUUGUGUUUUGUACUGUAACUCUGGAGUAUGUGCACCCACUGGACUUAUUAAUGUCACUUUGGAAUACAUUUGUGCACAGAAGGAGGACUGGAUUUUGUCCCCCAUCAUUUACACUGGGAGCACAUCGGAAGGGAUCACUUAAUGG